GAUGUCAAUGUCAAAAAUUGAGCAGUAUAACUCCUUUCAAAUAUCAACAUGGCGCUCAACCUAGUUGUAAAAGUUCAUCCUGUAGUAUUAUUUCAAAUUGUAGAUGCUUAUGAGCGUCGAAAUGCUGACUCUCAUCGAGUUAUUGGCACCUUAUUGGGCACCUCGGAUAAAGGAGUAGUGGAAGUAACAAACUGCUUCUGUGUGCCGCACAAGGAGCACGCCGACCAGGUAGAGGCUGAACUCAACUAUGCCAUGGAUGUGUACGAAUUGAAUCGUAGAGUCAAUGCAUCUGAAAGUAUUGUCGGUUGGUGGGCGACGGGCAACGAGGUGACCAACCACUCAUCGGUGAUCCACGAGUACUACUCGCGCGAGUGUCGCGAGCCGGUGCACCUGACGGUGGACACGUCGCUGGCGGGCGCGCGCAUGGGGCUGCGCGCGUACGUGUGCGUGGCGCUGGGCGUGCCGCGCGGCAAGCAGGGCUGCAUGUUCACGCCCAUCGAGGCGACGCUCACGUGCUACGAGCCCGAGGUGGUCGGCCUGCAGCUGUGCCAGAAGACGCUCGGCGCGGGCGCGGCACGGCGCCAGGUGCGGCCGGCGCGCGACCUGGCGCAGGUGGCCGACGCGGCGGGCUCGCUGGCGCAGCUGCUGGACCAGGUGCUGCGCCACGUGGAGGAGGUGGUGAGCGGCGCCACGCCGCCCAACAACGCGGUCGGCCGCGAGCUGCUCGACCUGGUCUCCGCGCUGCCCAGCCUCGCCGCCGACUCCUUUGCCGACGCCUUCGCCUCCAGCGUCAAGGACCUGCUCAUGGUGGUGACUCUCGCGCAACUUAUCAAGACCCAACUUCAACUUAAUGAGAAGCUGACUCUCCUCACCUCACAGUAGAGCUGUUCCAGGUGUUUGUGUAUGCAAUCAUAUAAACAAGUGGAUUUUUCGUUGCUGUCAAAUUGUUGAUAUUCUACACCACUGCGUCAAACAAAUCUUAUUUAAGGAGAUAAGCUGUAAUUAAAUGUUUUGUAAAAUAAUAUU